GAGAAGACACCACCCAAAGCACACUAGCUAGAUCAACCAGGGCUUGCACUCUCCUCUUAUACGCCAACGGCAAUGGCCGCAGCUGCAGGCUUAGUUUGGGUGACCUUGCUCAUGUGUGUUGCGCUCGGCGCCGGGCAACUUGAUCGGGCGAGCAUCCAGAAAGCUUUGGUUGCCGCCUUCUUCCCUGAAGGUUCCCUGCCGCCGCCCGUGAGGAUAUACUGCAGGGAGGACGCCGCGCUGAACGUGGGCAUAGACGGCAACAACAAUGUUGUCCUCGUAAACGCCGACUGCAGUGACUUGUCACAGAAAUGGUUCCCUGUGUACAUCCGCUCGUCCUUGGACAACGGAGAGAUUGAGCGCAAGCCCUUCUUUCUGAUGAAUGCGCAGACGUCUCAGGUCAUCACCAUCCCAACAUGGUCACGCAGCACUGGACAGAAGGUGGGACUGUCUAGCCCGCCGACCACCCUAUUGCUGGUCAACACGUGGCUGCAAGAAGCAAGCAAGCAGCUGUGGACGCCGGAGAAGCCCACACGCACCGACGGCUUUUACAAACUGAUUGUUACCAACGACGAGGAUGCUAGCCUUAACGGCCUGUUGGGUGGCGUAAAGGUCGGAACGGAGGUCGGGAUCUAUUAUUCGUCAGCAAAUUCAGACAACGCCGUUUGGAAGCUUACUUCAUCGAUAACAAACUGCUACCCCUGAUGAGCUACAACCUACAAGAGUCCACUCCCGGUUGUGCUUGCUCGUAUGAUUGCUGAAGAAUAAAUUUUACAAUAUUCGUUCCCUUAUUUAAUGUCCUCGUUCAUCAAAUUUCCCUUUUGUUAGUCCAGCAGCAAUGUAAGCACAACCGAGUUCAUCUAUGAUAUUAUUAUAUCUAAUAAUUGUUCCGGUUGGUCUAGCUACUAGCAAUGUAAGCACAACUGAGUUCAGCUAUGAUAUUAUUUACUACUAA